AUGGUACGGUCCGACGCGGCUGUCAAAUUGAACUCGCCCACUCACUUCAGUUCAAGGGCAGUCAUUGAAAAGGCACAGAAAAGAGUCUGCCUCAAUCUCGUUAACGCCGACGCCAACAUGCUCUGCAGAGUUGGUCAGAUACGCAGGUGCGCUGCGAGUUUAAGUCAAGCCGUCCAGCAGGUAGCCGUGCGCAGGCAGAAGCACACACUUCCCGACCUGACCUACGACUAUGGCGCCCUGGAGCCUCACAUCAACGCCGAGAUCAUGCAGCUGCACCACAGCAAGCACCACGCCACGUACGUCAACAACCUCAACGUGACAGAGGAGAAGUAUAAGGAGGCGCUCGCCAAAGGAGACGUGACUGCACAGGUCACCUUUCAGCCGGCUCUCAAGUUCAACGGGGGAGGUCACAUUAAUCACUCCAUCUUCUGGACUAACCUCUCUCCCAACGGUGGGGGUGAGCCACAAGGGGAGCUCAUGGAGGCCAUCGAGCAGGACUUUGGCUCCUUCCAGAGCAUGAAGGAGAGGAUGUCUGCGGCUACGGUGGCGGUUCAAGGCUCAGGCUGGGGCUGGCUGGGGUACGACAAGCAAAGCGGAAGACUCUGCAUCGCAGCUUGUGCCAACCAGGACCCUCUGCAGGGCACCACAGGCCUCUUCCCCCUCCUUGGCAUUGACGUAUGGGAGCACGCGUACUACCUUCAGUACAAAAAUGUCCGGCCAGACUACGUUAAGGCCAUCUGGAAUGUCAUCAACUGGGAGAAUGUGAAUGAGCGUCUGCAGACUGCCAAGAAAUAGACUGAGCCAUCCAUAUGUGGAUGGAAGAAAGUCAUUGUAGAUCACUUGUACAAUUUUGUAUUAAGACCCUCAAGGCUCUUGAACAUGAACACCCUGCACAUACUUUAAUUGUCCUCUCCCUGUCUAUAAAGCGCAAAAAACUGAACUAUCAUGUCAAAAGGUGGCCGGCUUACCUGAAUCCUGACGGACGUACAUGCAAUGAUGUAAUCAUAACGUGUCAUCUGUCGCGGUAAAACAGAUUCAUGUAAUCAAAGUGUUUGGUGUGUAAUAAAAAUAUACAUUGAA